ACCAGGUCACCUUUCUUCACACUUUUUGUUAGGUGGCCAAUCCAGUUCAUACAAAAGUUUGUUGGGGUCAACCAAAACAAAAUAAGCAAGUUGUGUAUUAUUAAUAGAGAAAAUAAAGAAAUGAAUGCAUCAUGUUGAUUGUCAUUAGGUUACUGGCGCCACACUAAGCAGAGCAUCUUCUUCUUUUCUUUGGUCAAAGAAGCACAGCUUCUCAUAUUAGGCCCUCAGUUCCAAUCAGAAAAUCGAGUGUUUCAAAUCCGGCGUUAGGCCACUCAUCGCUCUUUGACCAGAUUCGAUCUUGUGCUUAUCAAUAAAUGGCUGCUGCUGCUGAUUCUUCUUCUUCUUCUUCUUCACGCAUUCGUGGCAGUUAUGAUGUCUUCUUGAGUUUUAGAGGGUUCGACACUCGCAAGAUCUUUGUUGGCCAUCUUUACAAUGCUCUACAAAGGAAAGCACUCGCUACCUUCAUAGAUACUGAAGAGCUUGGAAAAGGGGACGUUCUCGGGGUGCUACUGAAAGCUAUUGACGCGUCAAAGCUUUCGGUGGUAGUUUUAUCUGAGAACUUUGCCUAUUCCAAAUGGUGCUUACUGGAACUCGAAAAAAUCGUGGAAUGCAUGGAAACAAAGAAUCAUAUAGUGGUUCCCAUUUUCUACCAAGUAGAUCCGGCUGAUGUUCGUUAUGUGAGGGGAAGUUUCAGCAAAGCGUUUGAACAACAUGAGCACAAGUCCAGGGGGACCCCCGAAGAACGGAAGCGGUGGAAGUCUGCUCUAACUAGAGCCGGCUAUAUUAACGGCUGGGAUUCCCGCAAAUAUGAGGAUGAUGUCAAGCUUAUUGAUGAUGUUGUUAAAAAUAUUUUAAAACAGUUGAGCAACAUCAGGGAAAGUAAAUCCAAUGAUGACUUGGUUGGAAUGGAUUCCCACAUAAGCAACAUGAAGUCUCUAUUAAGUGCUUAUGGGUCAGGGGAUGUCUGCAUUGUUGGAAUAUGGGGUAUGGGUGGUAUAGGGAAGACAACCAUUGCUAGAGCUGUUUAUGAGGAAAUGUGUGGAAACUUUGAUCACCAUUGCUUUCUUUAUAACGUCAAGGAAGAUUUCAAGAGAAAAGGUGAAGCAGGAAUGCAGGAAGAACUUCUAUAUAGAAUCUCAAGGGAAAAUGGGCAGCACUUAAGUUCCAAAAUGAUUAUGGAAAGGCUUAGUGGGAUAAAACUUUUGCUUGUUCUUGAUGAUGUGGACAGUUCUGAUCAAAUUGAUGCCCUACUUGGAAAACAAUGUUCAUUUGGUCGUGGAAGUAGAAUCAUUAUAACGACCAGAGAUAAGGGCCUACUUAGAGAAUUUGAUGUAUAUGAACCGGGAUAUUUAGAUGAAGAUCAAGCUCUUGAACUCUUUAAGAAGUAUGCCUUCAGAACAAUCGAACCCUUAACAGAAUACGAUCAUCUCUCACAGCAUGCCAUAAAAUAUGCUCAAGGUCUGCCUUUAGCACUUAAAGUCUUGGGAGCCUCUCUCUAUAAGAAAAGUGUACGUGAGUGGGAAGUUGAGUUUGAAAAAAUAAAGAAAUGCCAGCACCUGGGAAUUGAGGGUGUACUAAGGACAACCUUCGAAGGACUAGAUCAUCUACAGAAAACAGUACUUCUAGAUAUUGCAUGUUUCUUUAAAGAAAUGAAAAAGGACUAUGCAACAGAAAUUCUGGAGGCUUGUGGCCUCUUUCCCAUAAGUGUAUUACCAGUUCUAGUUGAUAGAGCUCUUGUGACAAGCACUGGAUACUAUGUUGUGUUGACAAUGCAUGAUUUACUAUUGGACAUGGCCUUGGGAAUUGUCCGUCGAGAAUCAAGCCUCAGUAGGUUGACGAGUUCUGAUGAAAUUGAGGAGGUGUUAACUCAAAACACAGAUACGAAAGCAGUUGAAAGUAUAGACCUCGACUUGUACCACUCAAAAGGCAUACGCAUAAAUGCUAAAGCUUUUGUUCACAUGACGAAACUAAGACUGCUUAGAAUCCGAUAUAACCGAUCCAUAGACUUUGUUGAUGAUUAUUAUGGUUCACGGGGGGAAUUAUACCAUCUAAUUGAUGACUGUAAACAACAAGUGAGUGGGGAGUUAAAGUUCCUUUCUCACGAGUUGAGGUGUCUCAUCUGGCAUGGAUGCCCCCUGAAAUCUUUGCCAUCCAAUUUCAACCCAAAGCAUCUAGUUGACCUUGACAUGCGUUCUAGCCGCAUCAGACAACUUUGGAAAGGAACCAAGCUUCUGAAGAAGUUGAAAUACAUUGAUUUGAGUCUAUCUCUAUACCUUAAGGAGACGCCCGACUUAACUGAGGCCACAAAUCUUGAGAAAGUAAACCUUGAAGGUUGUACAAGUUUAUUGGAGGUUCACCCAUCCAUCUCUGAUCUUAAGAACCUCGCUUUCUUGAGUCUAAAAGGGUGCAAAGAGCUUAAGAUUCUUCCAAGCAGCUUCUGUAUGAAAUCUCUUAAGACCCUUGAGCUUUCUGGCUGCUCAAAUCUCGACAAAUUUCCUGAGAUUUCAGAAGUUAUGGCCGAGCUACCACGGCUUUCUUUAGAUAAGACUGCAAUUAAAGAACUGCCCUCAUCAAUAAAAAAUCUUAGGGGGCUUGUCACUUUGAGCCUAAAAGAUUGCAGAGAACUUGAGAGUCUCCCGAGCAGCAUUUGUGAACUCAAGUCCCUUAGAUAUGUUACUCUCUCCGGGUGUUCUAAGUUUAAGGUGUUUCCAAAAAUUGUGGGGGUAGAAGAUAUGAAAGGAUUAAUAGAGCUUCAUAUGGAUGGAACGUCUAUUGAAGAGUUUCUGCCACCAAUUUCAGCUCUUGAAGAACUUGUUGUCUUGAGUCUAAGAGAUUGCGAACAGCUUAAGAGUCUUCCUAGUAGCAUUCAUAUGAAAUCUCUUGACACGCUUAUUCUUUCUGGAUGUUCUAACCUUCAGAAGUUUCCGGAGAUCUCAGAAAAAAUGCGGAGGCUCUCAGAGCUUCAUUUAGAUGAUAUUGCAAUUGUAGAACUGCCGCUGUCAAUUAAAAAUCUUUGCCAGCUGGAAUCUUUGAGCCUUAAAGAUUGUGGAGAACUCAAGAGUCUUCCAAGCAGCAUUUUUGAACUUGAGAGCCUCAGUAUGAUUACUGUCUCUGGUUGUUCAAAGUUUAAGGUGUUUCCACAAAAUGAAGAAGAUUUGGAAGGACUACAAAAACUUGUUACAUUGAGGCUGGAAGAUUGCGGAGAACUUAGGAGUCUGCCGAGCUGCAUUUGUCAACUCAAGUCCCUCAGAUUUGUUGCUCUCUCUGGUUGUUCGAAGUUUGAGGUGUUUCCGGAAAUUUUAGAAGAUAUGGAUGAAUUAAGAGAGCUUCAUUUGGAUGGAACGUCUAUCAAAAACCUUUCCCCAUCAAUUGAACGGCUUAAGAGGAUUAUGUUAUUGAACAUGAGAAACUGCAGAAGCCUCAUCUUUCUUCCUGAAAAUAUCUGUAAUUUGUCAUACCUUACAGGUCUCACUCUCUCAGGGUGCUUGAAUCUCCAUAACUUGCCCAAGAACUUGGGGAAAUUAGAAUCCUUGGUGGAUCUUGAAGUACAGGGAAGUGGUAUAGAGCAACCAUUCUCUCUCUUGCAUCCAAAGAAGUCACCAUCAUCAUCAGCCAAUUGCUUAGUUGGCAUGGAUCGCCAUAUAAAUAAAAUGCAAUCGCUAUUAUGUCUUGAUCAGGUGGAUGAUGUUCGUAUUGUUGGAAUAUGUGGAAUUGGGGGUAUCGGCAAGACAACCAUUGCUACAGCUGUUUAUGAUAAAAUUGCUCCUCAAUUUGAACACCAUUGUUUUCUUGAGAAUGUCAAGGAAGGUUUCAUAAAGCAUAGUGCAGAACAAAUGCAGGAAGAACUUCUGACCAGAAUCUUAAAGGUAAAGGUGCAGAGUUUAAGCAUUUUGAACAGAGGCUCCAAUAUGCUUAUCGAAAGGCUAGGUAUGAAAAAAGUUCUAGUUGUUCUUGAUGAUAUAGACGAUAUAACCCAGAUUGAAACUCUGCUUGAAAAGCCAUAUUCAUUUGGUGGUGGGAGUAGGAUCAUUGUAACAACUAGAAAGGAAGAAAUAAUGAGUGGAUUUAAAAUAUAUCGUCCCCAGCUAUCAAAUGUUGAAGCUGUUGAACUCUUCAGACAUUUUGCCUUCAGAACAAAUAAACCCUCAAGAGGGUAUGGUGAUCUGUCACGGCGUGCCACACAACAUGCUCAAGUGCCUUUAGAUCUUAAAGUCUGGGGAGCUUUUCUUUUCAACAAAAGUAUACAUGAGUGGGAAGAUGCCUUGACGGAUAAGCACACGGUUUAUUGGGUGCUAACAACACACUUUUAUGGCCUACAUUACUCAGAGAGGAACAUAUUAAUAGAUGUUGCAUGGUUCUUUGAAGGAAUGAAAAAAGAGUAUGCAACAAAAAUUCUGCACGGUUGUGGCCUCUUUCCCUAUAGUGCAUUAAGAGGUCUAAUUGAUAGAUCUCUCAUAUCUAUCUCAGAAAGGGACGGGACUAUCAAAAUGCAUGAUUUACUACAGGGGAUUGUUCGGGAUUGUGUUCGCCACGAAGAUGAACAUGAACCUGGGAACCGCAGUAGAUUAGAGGGUUACCAGGGAAUUAGGUGUUUGUCAACUCAAGACCAGGUUACUAAAGCAGUUGAAGUUAUAACCCUUGAUCUGUCAAACUCAAAAGAGGUAUACUUCAUUGCAGAGGCUUUUGUUACAAUGAAGAAAUUAAGACUGCUCCAAAUUUAUGAUAACGGCUCCAUUAACUGUAAACAACAUGUGAUUGGAGACUUUGAGUUUAUUUCUCAUGAGUUGAGGUGUCUCAUCUGGCAUAGAUACCCCGUAAAGUCUUUGCCAUCCAAUUUUUACCCAAAGAAUCUUGUCGACCUUGACAUGCGUUUUAGUCGCCUUGAACUACUUUGGGAAGGAACCAAGCUUCUGAAGUACUUGACAUUCAUCAAUUUAAGUCACUCUCAGUAUCUUAAGGAAAUCCCUGACUUAAGCACGGCUCCAAAUCUUGAGAAGCUAAUUCUUGAUGGUUGUACAAGUUUAUUUGAGGUGCAUCCAUCCAUUUGGAAUCAUAAAAACCUCAUUUUCUUAAGUCUAAAAGGUUGCAGACAACUUGAGAUUCUUCCAACCAACAUCCAUAUGAAAUCUCUUAAGACCCUUAAUCUUUCUGGCUGCACAAAUCUUGAGAAGUUUCCGGAGAUUUCAGAAGUUAUGAUGGAGCUAUCAGAGCUUGGUUUAGAUGAGACUGCAAUUAAAAAACUGCCCUCAUCAAUUGAACGGCUACAGGGGCUUAAUGUAUUAAGUAUGAGAAACUGCACGAGCCUUGUCUCUCUUCCAGACAGCAUCUGUAGUUUGGCACACCUUACAUUUCUCAAUCUGUCUGGGUGCUCAAAACUUUCCGACUUUCCUUACAGCUUGAGGAAUAAUACACAAUCAUUGACAAUCAGUGGUUUAGAAGAACUCACAUUCUGUAUGAGAAACAAAGAAAUAGAAAGUGAGAUUUCAUCAGAUGAGUUCUUCAGUCUCUCUGAGAAUUCAUCGGAGUCGGGGGAAGAGGUUGAUGGAAAAGAAGAGAAAGUGGAGAUGGGAGGGGGUAGUGCAAAGGGAUGAUUGCUCCACGGUAGGAGGGAUGUUGGGGGCCUUAUACUGCUUCUUGAGUUGGAUGCAUGGACUAUAUGUUCGAGGAAAAGGGAGACUGGGUCGCCGGAUUCACGGGAUUGUCCAGGAAUCGUUACAUUAAUUAGCCAUAUAGAUAGGUCUUCACACUUUGCAAACAACUAAUGCACCGAAUCGUCUCACUGAACACCCAUGUCGGUGCUCCUCCCGCUGCCUUGAGUCAAUUGCAGCUAUUUUUUUGUUCAUUGAUUGCAAAUUAACAGAUGAAUGGCUCGCAGGGUAGCUAACACAUGUCUUGGACAUAAGGAUUUUCCCUAUGGCUCCAAGCAUCCACUGUAUUUGUCAUCCUAUUACAUCAAUGAAACCAGAUUGAUUGUUCUCUUCGCAAAGGACUUGCUUUGGGUCCGUGGAAGUUUGUGACAAUAUGAGUGUCAUAGUAGUUGAUUUGAACAGAUCCAAGAGAGAAGGCAAAGCUGAAAUUGCAGUUGUUUGGUCAAGGUACACAGUGGUAGAUAAAAUGCUUGAAAUGUUGUGUUAUUUGGGAAUGCUUAUAGCAAUUUCCUUGUUUAACUAGUUGAUGCAUGUCUGGUGUCGCUGUGUGGUAUUUGGAAUGCAAGGAAUGCAAUUGUUUGGAGAGGUGGCAGUGGUGAUUCAAGGUUAAAUGUUCAGAGGGAUCGGUACUUAUAUUGAUGACUUUUGCGGGUUCAGACUGUGUAUCCAAAGAGGCAACCAAGUCAACUUAGUAACCGGCAGUCCUCCAUCUGCGAGUAUAAAGUUGAAUUGUGACUGUUGGCGCUUGUGGGAGUGGAAUUGUUGGCUUUGAGGGCUGGCGUGCUACUUGCAAGGCGACAUCACUAGGCUCAUACUGAUUAUGAGUGUGAUGGUGCUCUAUGAUGAAUGUAGUGUCUCGCAUGGACGCCAAUACUUCCUUCUCGGAUCAAGAGGGCAAUGGAGCUGCACACAGUUUAGCUCCCUUUGGUUCCUUUUCUGCAGAGACUAUUUCUGGUUAGGAAAAUGAGCCUGUCUGCCUGUGUUGCCGUGUUGGCAACAUCUUCAAAGCACAUGGAUUUCUUGCAUUGCAAUUUGCAGGUGAGUAAUAUUGUCUUAUUUGUUCUUGUUGGACCGGACUAUACUCAAUGGAUGUCGAUUACUUCUCAACUACAGACCCGGCCCAACUCUCAACCCGGACCAAUCGUCCUCUAAGAUUUUAGUGAUGUCGGAACAUUAAUUAAACAAUGGCUUUUCCUAUGCCUAAUCAGUACACCACAAUCUGCAUUCAUCAAUGACUUUGGUCCUAAAUCUAAGAAAGUUGGAGCAACUUCUUAACCAAAAAAGAGGCAAAACCUAGUAAUUGUUUAAGUAUGAACAUAAUUUAACAGAGAGAGAGAGAGAGAGAGUAAUGAAUCAUUGAAUCUGAAUUGUGUUUAUUCAUCUCAUACAAGGGUGUAUUUAUAGGAAAUACUUUGUAGUGUGAAUGCUCAAAGAGGAAACCAAUUUGGUAACCAUGAUCUUUGGCUUGUAAAUCAACAAUGGCUGCUGCAAAGAUCACAGCUGCAAUUCCAAUAGUAAGGGCUGCCAUGUUUGUUGCUUUCCCAUUUACUUUAUGCUACACAAGUCCUCAUACCUAUGUUAUACACUCAAGUACUUUGUUCUAUACACUCAAGUACAUAUUUACAUGAUAUAGACAUUUAUACUAUGACUCAUACUAUGACUCAUACAACAUGACUCAUA